CUUGAAACUUAAGUUUAAAUAGUCAUAUACUCUUCGCUUAUAGGAAUAUUAGAAUUAGAGUGAUAUUAGUCUAAGAAAUUUAGAUAUUUCUGAAUAAGACUAGACCCCGGCACCCUACUAACUGCUGUGGGGCCCGACCGGCUCCGCUAUUCUGACGUUUAGCGGUCGAUUCGAUUGCCGAGCUGAAGGAACAUCCGUCCUCCGUCCAACUAUUUUGAGAUAUAUCAUUAUUUCAGGGGCAGUUGUACUAUACCAAACAGACUACCAUAGGGAUAGAUAGAAGCAUAAGGGCAGUGACCUUCUCGUCUUCGUAAACACAGUCACAUUCUCCGCCCGUACAGGCAGUACCCAAACCAUGGCGACCACCAAACCACUUAUCACCGUCCUCGGCUCCCUGAACAUGGACCUAGUCUCCUACGUCCCGCACCACCCACUCCCGGGAGAAACCUUAACAUCGACGCGCUUCAACGUAUCCCCCGGCGGCAAAGGUGCCAACCAAGCCGUAGCCUGCGCCAAGCUAUCCCGCUCGCAACCACCCUCCACCACCACAACCACUUCUUCAUCCUCCACCCCUUCCUCCGCCGCCACCACGGACCCAACAUCCACAGCCCAGAUCCGCAUGAUCGGCGCCGUAGGCCAGGACACCUACGGCACGCAACUCCUCAGCAAUCUCUCCUCACACGGCGUCGACGUAUCCGGCGUUCUCGCCCCAUCCGGCACCAAGACCGGGUUGGCCAUAAUCCUCGUCGACGAGCCGACGGGACAGAACCGGAUCGUGCUCUCGCCGGAAGCCAACCACUCGCUCGAGGCCACGCAAUUCAGCUCCCGCGCCUCCCUAGGCGCGCCCCUGCCCUCCCUUCUAAUCAUGCAGCUAGAGAUCCCGCUGCCCACCGUCCUAGCCUCCCUGCGCUCCGCGCGCGAGGCUUCCGUCCCGGUACUCCUGAACCCGGCGCCCGCGCAGGAGCUGCCCGCUUCCGCGUACGAGGGUUUGGCGCACCUCGUCGUCAACGAGACCGAGGCCGCCAUCCUAGGCGGGGUCUCCGAAGCCGACCUGGACGCGUCUCCCGGUCUCGAGGCCGUCGGGAAGACGUUCCUUGGGCGAGGCGUGCAGAACGUGAUUAUCACGCUCGGGGGCCGUGGCGUGUUCUACAUGAGCGCUUCGGGCGCUAAGGGGCUCGUCCCGGCCGAGAAGGCCAAGGUAGUUGAUACCACGGCGGCGGGGGACACGUUUGUAGGCAUGUACGCGUUAGAUGUCGUUUCUGGGAAUUUCAACAUAGAAGAAGCGGUGAAGAAGGCGAAUCGCGCGGCGGCGAAGACGGUAGAGAGGUUGGGAGCGCAAGACUCGAUACCUUGGCGGGAUGAGUUAUAAUAAAUUAUAUGUUGAUGGGUUAUUGGAUAUUGGGAUCAAGAGCUAAAUAAACAGGAGUAGGGAAAACAAGAGGGACUUCGGUUACUAUAGAAGCGAAGCCCAUCGAAUACCCUUGUUAGAUUAUCUUAAGAAAAGUUCUGCCAUUACU